AUGUCUAGCCCGAAAACACCGGACAAGACGAAGCGCACUCCGUCGCCCAAGACUUCCGAGCCUCAGGACGAUCCCGAGCAGCAUGCGCAUGUGGACGAUGUUCCUACCAAUACACAAAUCCCUUUUAGAUGGGAUGACGACGAUACCGACUCGGCUUUGGGCGACGACGCCAGCGUCCUCUCGUCUACCGUCUCCCUAAACGAAAGCAUCUUCAACUACCGCAGCCUCCACGGCCGCACAUACCAAAGCUCCAACACCACCGAGUACUGGGGUCCCAACGACGACACCCAAAACCUCGGCCUCGACAUCGCCCACCACUUCAUCACCAUGCUCCUCGGCGACCGUCUCUACGAAGCGCCCAUCCCUGACUCGCCAGCCAAAGUCCUCGACGUCGGCACCGGAACCGGCAUCUGGGCCAUCGACAUGGCCGACGCCUUCCCGGCCUCCGAGAUCAUCGGCACCGACAUCAGCCCCAUCCAGCCACUCUGGGUGCCGCAGAACUGCCUCUUUGAAAUCGAGGACGCCCAGCUCGAAUGGACCUUUCACCCCUGCACCUUUGACUUUAUCCACAUGCGCGCCCUGUACGGGAGUAUCGGCGACUGGCCUGAGCUGUAUCGCCAGGCGUACACGGCCCUCAAACCGGGUGGGUGGCUGGAGAACUUUGAAUUCACAAUCACUCUGCACAGCGACUUGCCGGAGAUUAGGGACGACCCGGAUCACAUAUUUAAGCGGUGGGGGACUGUGUUUAUGGAGGCGGGUGAUCGGAUGGGCAGGAGUUUGCGCAUCGGCAUGAACGGCCGGAUGGGGAGGUAUAUGCGCGAGGCUGGGUUUACGAAUAUCACGCAAAAGUACUAUCAGGUUCCCGUGGGUGGGUGGAGCACCGAUCACACGUACAGACAUAUUGGGCUGUAUAAUCUGACGUUCAUGGAGGAGAGUUUGGAAGGGUUUGCGCUGUUUCUGUUGAGGGAGAUUAUGGGCUGGGAGUAUGCGAGGGUGCAGGUAUUUUUGGCGGAGAUGAGGAGUGCGUUGCGGAAUACCAAGAGUCGGCCGUAUUAUCUUGUGACGAAUGCUUUUGCUCAGAAACCAGUGUCUGCUACUGAGUAG